UUUCUUUCUUCGUUCUUCUUAUUAAAUAGAGGACGGCAUCUGCAUUUGCAGAAAAAUUAAAACCAUUUAUUGGGAUUAAAAAUCAGCGAAAAUGAGCUUAGGCAACGCCAGGCCAUUGGUCUCCGUGUACACGGAAAAGAAUGAGGCAGUCAAGGAGAAGAACAUCUGCCUGCCAGCGGUAUUCAAGGCACCCAUCCGUCCGGAUGUGGUCAACGAGGUGCACCAGCUGAUGCGCCGGAACAACCGUCAGCCCUAUGCCGUCAGCGAACUGGCGGGUCACCAGACCUCCGCCGAAUCCUGGGGUACUGGCCGUGCCGUUGCACGUAUCCCUCGUGUGCGUGGUGGUGGUACUCAUCGUUCCGGCCAGGGUGCCUUUGGCAACAUGUGCCGUGGUGGUCGCAUGUUCGCACCAACCAAGACCUUCCGUCGCUGGCACCGCAAGGUGAAUGUUAACCAGCGCCGUUAUGCUCUGGUGUCGGCUAUUGCUGCCUCCGGUGUGCCAGCGUUGGUGCAGUCUAAGGGACACGUUAUCGAUGGCGUUUCCGAGUUCCCAUUGGUUGUCUCCGAUGAGGUGCAGAAGCUGCAGAAGACCAAGCAGGCUGUUGUCUUCUUGCGCCGCCUGAAGGUCUGGGCCGAUAUCCAGAAGGUGUACAAGUCGCAGCGCUUCCGUGCUGGCCGUGGUACCAUGCGCGACCGUCGCCGCAUUGCCCGUCGUGGCCCACUUGUUGUCUACCACAAGGAUGAGGGUCUGCGCAAGGCGUUCCGCAACAUCCCCGGCAUUGAGACCAUCAGUGUGGAUAAACUGAACUUGCUGAAAUUGGCUCCAGGCGGUCAUGUUGGUCGUUUUGUCAUCUGGACCGAGUCGGCAUUCUCGCGCCUGAACGAUCUGUUCGGCACCUGGAAGAAGCCAUCCACUCUGAAGAAGGGUUAUAAUCUGCCCCAGCCUAAGAUGGCCAACACAGAUCUGUCGCGCCUCUUGAAAUCCGAGGAGAUCCGUAAAGUGCUGCGUGAUCCACGCAAGCAUGUGUUCCGUCGCGUGCGCCGCCUCAAUCCCUUGUCUAAUGUGCGUCAACUGAUCAAGUUGAACCCAUAUGCUGAGGUGCUCAAGCGUCGUGCCGCCCUGGCCGCUGAGAAGCGUACCGUGGCCAAGGUAUUGGCCAAGGCUAAGAAACAGAACGUCGAGCUGGCCAAGUCGCACUUUGCCAAUGUCGCCACAAAGGCUGCUGCCAAUCGCGCUAAGCUGUUGGCCGCUCGCAAGAAGAAGGUUGCCGCCAAGAAACCAGCGGCCAAGAAGUAACUGAUUUACUUUCCACGUAAUAGCCGACUACAAAACACACUCUUUUUAUAUAAUAAAUAACAAAAGUUGUAUGAAUUUUAUUCAUAA